GGCAAACUGAACCCACAAUUUAGGCCAGUGGCUCCCUCCUGAGUCCUAUAAAGUGGGAGCCCAGGAUCACAGGCUGGUGACCUGCAUCUCAGCUGAGGGUUGGCAUCUUAUCCCCACUUUCUGCCUCCCCACCAUGAGCCGCCAAUUCACCUACAAGUCAGGAGCUGCUACCAAGAGGGGCUUCAGCGGCUGCUCAGCUGUGCUCUCAGGGGGCAGCUCGUCCUCCUACCGGGCAGGGGGCAAAGGGCUCAGUGGGGGCUUCAGCAGUCGGAGCCUCUAUAGCCUGGGGGGUCCCCGGAGCAUCUCUUUCAAUGUGGCCAGUGGCAGUGGGUGGGCAGGAGGCUAUGGAUUUGGCCGGGGCCGGGCCAGUGGCAGCAUGUUUGGCAAUGUGGCCCUAGGGUCCGUGUGUCCCUCCGUGUGCCCGCCUGGGGGUAUCCAUCAGGUCACCAUCAACAAAAGCCUCCUGGCACCCCUCAACGUGGAGCUGGACCCUGAAAUCCAGAAAGUGCGUGCCCAGGAGCGGGAGCAGAUCAAGGCGCUGAACAACAAGUUCGCCUCCUUCAUCGACAAGGUGCGGUUCCUGGAGCAGCAGAACCAGGUGCUGGAGACCAAGUGGGAGCUGCUGCAGCAGCUGGACCUGAACAACUGCAGGAACAACCUGGAGCCCAUCCUCGAGGGCUACAUCAGCAACCUGCGGAAGCAGCUGGAGAUGCUGUCUGGGGAUAGGGUGAGGCUGGACUCGGAGCUAAGGAGCGUGCGCGAAGUGGUGGAGGACUACAAGAAGAGGUAUGAAGAAGAAAUAAACAAGCGCACAACUGCUGAGAAUGAAUUUGUGGUGCUUAAGAAGGACGUGGAUGCGGCAUACAUGAGCAAAGUGGAGCUGCAGGCCAAGGUGGAUGCCCUGGAUGGAGAAAUCAAGUUUUUCAAGUGCCUGUACGAGGGGGAGAUCACUCAGAUCCAGUCCCACAUCAGCGACACGUCCAUCAUCCUGUCCAUGGACAACAACCGGAACCUGGACCUGGACAGCAUCAUUGCUGAGGUCUGCACCCAGUACGAGGAGAUCGCCCGAAAGAGCAAGGCCGAGGCCGAGGCCCUGUACCAGACCAAGUUUCAGGAGCUGCAGCUGGCAGCUGGCCGGCAUGGGGAUGACCUGAAACACACCAAAAAUGAGAUCUCAGAGCUGACCCGUCUCAUCCAGAGGUUGCGCUCGGAGAUUGAGAGUGUGAAGAAGCAGGGUGCCAACCUGGAGACGGCCAUCGCCGACGCCGAGCAGCGGGGGGACUGCGCCCUCAAAGAUGCCAGGGCCAAGCUGGAUGAGCUGGAGGGCGCCCUGCAGCAGGCCAAGGAGGAGCUGGCACGGUUGCUGCGUGAGUACCAGGAGCUUUUGAGCGUGAAGCUGGCCCUGGACAUCGAGAUCGCCACCUACCGCAAACUGCUGGAGGGCGAGGAGUGCAGGAUGUCUGGAGAAUACACCAACUCCGUGAGCAUUUCGGUCUUCAACAGCUCCAUGGCUGGGGCGGCAGGCACAGGGGCUGGCUUUGGAUUCAGCAAUGCUGGCACCUACGGCUACUGGCCCAGCUCUGUCAGCGGAGGCUCCAGCAUGCUGCCUGGGGGCUGUGUCACUGGCAGUGGGAACUGCAGCCCCCGUGGGGAAGCCAGGACCAGGCUGGGGAGUGCAAAUGAAUUCAAGGACUCCCAGGGAAAGACCUUAGCUCUCAGCUCACCCACCAAGAAAGCCAUGAGAUAAAAGUGAAAGCCCAUUUCCCAGUAGUCUGCCUUACUCCGGCAGGCUACUCCAGACUCCUUCUCUAGGAAAGUCCUCUGUCUCAUUUGUCCUCAUCUCCUUCUUGCUUGGCUUCGCCAUGGACCUCUCUCGCUUCUCCUUGACCUCUCUGCCUCCGUCUUUGUUAAUGCUGAAUCAGGAUUCGAGACCUGGAGCUUUCUGCUAUCUUUCUGCCUCCAUCCAAAGAGACCUCUUCACUCAGCCUCCCCUUCUGGAUGAAGACUUGGCCCUUUCUCUGCCUGCAUGUCCCCGUGCAGAGGAAGGCUGUCUCUCAAGGAUAAAACCCCAGUCUUCCUGUGCUGCUCUUUCAUACCCUGUCUCAGUAACUAUUUGGCCAUUUGCUCCCUGAGUACACAAAGUUUCAGAUCUACUGAGAGACUUGCAAGAACUGUCUUGUGUUAGAGCAGCACCAGCUCAGGCAAAACGCCUGGUGGGAGGUUGUAUCUUGCAUAGCCACUGCAUAUUACACAGCUGGGAGUACCCCUUGAGGCCAAUCCUAUCAAUCAAGGGGUCUGUGCUCUUCAUCUGUGAGUACUUGUCCUUGUUUAGGCCUCACCUCCCUGCUCCUGUGUCUUACCAAUAAACUUAUAAAACCCA